AUGCAGACUGUGGUAGAGAGAAUUUUCUCCUCUCCUCCUUCUGGCCAGCUGCUGUCUACCCCUCUGUUCAUCUUUCCAUCUCUCCUCCAUCUGCCUGUUCGUCCAUCCCAUCUCCUGCACCGCUGGUACAUGACAGAUCCACGGGAGGAUGUUGAAGUUCCGUGUGGACAGGAGAAUCAGUCAACAUGACCCCAGUGGACCAGCUGGACCAGCAGUGAGCCCAAUCCAGCUGGAAGAGCCUACACCAGUACACUUUUAUCUACAGCACUGUGGUGUGGAUAUGAAUGGGAAGGCAAACGCUGCUGCUGAGAUCCUUCAUUCCCAAAGUGCAAGUAUGGUGUCAGAUGUGUCUCCAGAAGCCCAGUCUUACACUCGGAUGGCUCGUACUCCCAGAAAGGCAGCCAUGUUUGGAAAGCGCUCCAACUCCAUGCGCAGGAAUCCCAAAGCAGAGGUUACCAAACAGGGAUGGCUGUACAAGCAGGCCAGCAGUGGAGUGAAGCAGUGGAACAAGAGGUGGUUCGUCCUUACCGACAGAUGUCUCUUUUACUACAAAGAUGAGAAGGAGGACUCGGUGUUAGGGAGUCUGCCUCUGCUCAGCUUCCGGAUCGGAGGAGUUCAGUCAUCGGACAGCAUCACCCGCAAGUUCGCCUUUAAGGUGUGGUUGGAGGCGGAGGAGGAGGAGGAGGACUGUGAGGACGGGGAGCUGAAGGGUCCUGUGGUGUUUUGUAUGCAGGCAGAGCAUGCAGGGACCAGGACGUAUUACUUCAGCACCGACAGCCAUGAGGAGCAAGAGGAGUGGAUCAGAGCCAUGAGCGAGGCUGCAGAGGUCAACACCCAGCCAGCACACAGAACAAACGUGGACACCACAGCUGAUCUCACCAUGGUGACCAAGGCUCCAGACUCACGGACACAACAGCAUCCACACCCACGAAACCACAACGACACCGACAGCGACCUGUCCCCCCAUCCUAAGACCAACGGGGUCGACAGUCUGGAAACACCUCCUCUCUCCACCACUUGCUCUGAUCCAGAGGGAAACACGAAUGAUGGACGAGAAAGAGAAGCAGGAAGUGGAGACGGAGUGGGAGGUCCUGGUCCUGACCGCGCCUCUCAUCCAAAUGGUUGGAGCAGCUCCGGCCCUCCAAACACUGUGCCCCACAACAGCAACAGCAAACCCCCUCCACCCAGGAAUCACAGUGGACACCGAGCCACUCAGGGACACCCAGAGGCAGGAGUUACCUCUUCACAGAACCACAGGGAUCAGCAGGAGAAUGUAGUGCUGAGGAGGGGCUUUGUGCCGAGGACCGCCCCAGAGAAGGUGGCCCAGCGGAAGAGCUCCAUGGCCCAGUUACAGCAGUGGGUCAACCAGCGGCGAGGGAUGGCCUCUCAGGAGGACAUCAACAGCCCAUCUCGUUACUACCCAGUAAACCGUGGGGUCUUGGCUGACUACUAUGGCUACUCUGGUGGCCCCCAGUAUGUGGACGAGUACCCUCUGUACCCACCAGGGGUCCGACCAGACAGCAUCUGCUCUGUGUCUGCUGUGGGGGGGUACGACCGACGCUGGACAGUUGAGGAAAAGCGGCGCUCUCUGAGGGAUGGUUUCCAUUCCCUGUAUGGACCACAGGUUCCCCAUGACCCCUGGGGCUCACAAUACUACGGUGGAAUGGAAACGUCCAUGCGGCGCCUGUCCAUCCAGCCCCGCUCCAGGUCUGUGCCCAGGUCACCGUCCUCGAUCGGGGGGCCCUACUCACCGGUGCCACCCAACUUUGCCUCUCCGGCUCGAUCGCCAUCAGCUCGCUUUGACCGGUUUCCAGGGAGGAUGAGGGAAGACGUGAUCUAUGCCGACCCGUCUGUCUACGGCCUGAGACGAUCCCUCAGUUCACCAAAGUAUGACUUCCCUGGUGAUAGAAGAUCCUUAAGCCAAGGAUUAUACCACCACAACUACCCCGUAUCCCCCUCUAUCCGCAGUAGAAUGGAGGACAUAUUAGACCUUCAGCUCCAGCGCAACCUGGAUUACCUAGACCAACAGGUGCCUCCCUUCCACGACGUCUACAGCAGAGAACUACAUCCCACGCUGAAACUCAAUGAGAUUGAAACCAGUAAACUCUUGGGUCGAUUGUGUGAGCAGAAUCAAAUUCUGAAAGAUCACGAGACGGUUGUCCACAGACUGAGAAUGGAAAAGGACAGCCUGGAGGAGGCGCUGGUGGCGACUCAUCAGGAGAUGGAGCUGUACCAUAACCAGCCUCUGAUCAUAGAAAAGCUGCAGUUCAAGAAGGAAACUCAGCAGAACCAGCUCAUUAACAUCAGAGGAGAACUCUCCCAGGCCUCCAGUGCUUUAACCACCACUCGUAUGGAGUUUGAGGCAUUAGAGGAUGAGGCCAACGCCAUCCAUGGAGAUUUAUGGGAGCAGCUUAAUGCAGGAGGACAGAGUGAACUAGUCCGUAGACACAUCCAGAAGGAGUUUUGGAGAGUCCAGGAUGUGUUGGAGGGACUACACAAGAGUAACUCAUCCAGAGGCACUGACACAGCCAAGCAUAGAGUGGCCAGUGGUGCUUCAGGCUCCUUUAGCACCAAUAGCCCAGCCAGUCCCCUGAGUUCAGUAAGCCUAACCAGCCCACUCAGCCCCUUCUCCCCAGUGCCCGGCUGCCAGGCCUCCCCCAACAAACAGCUGGGCGUGGAGGAAAGUGUUCCCCCGAGGCCUCCCCUCCCCAAGUCCUAUUACCCAUUAGAGCCCUCCCCUACCUUCCCGCCCUCCGUCCCUCCCCUGCCUUUUGACAGCACUGUCUGGUUACGCAGCUUGGGCAUCGAUGAUGGUUACCUUGAUGGUGAAGAUUCUCACAUCAGAAAGUCAAAGUUUGGACAACAGAACGAUAUCAGUGACAUGCAGGAGGCGCAGGACAAACAGUCUGCCACCAAUAAAGUUGGCAUUGUUCCUCCUCGAACCAAGUCCCCGACUGAUGAACUGCACAGGAGUUCUGCUGGAGUUUUCCAGUCCAAUGGCAGCAGGUCCAAUGGAAUCUUCAGGGAGCGUCCAAAGAGUGCCGUGUUUCCUGCUGAGAUUAAGUCAAAGAUGACUGUGGAGGAACAGAACGAACGGAUCCGCCGAAACCAGAGCAGCUCUGUGAGGGACAAGAGGCGCAGCUUAAACCUCUCCAGUGGCCAGUCUCCAGCCAACUACAAAGUGGUUCGUAGGCGGCUAACAGCCCAUGAAAUCGACAUUAAAGACUUGGAGGCAGCCGUACGAGGUCAGGGGCAGGAGUCUCCACGGGACGAAAUAGCCCGUCUGAGACGUUCAGAGGCUGAACCAGAACACUACGACAUCAGCAAAGAGCUAAUGGCUCCUGACAAGGUUCUGAUCCCUGAACGCUACCAGGAUCUGGAGAACAACCCUCCUCUGAGCCCCGAAGAGCAGAAGGAGAAGCAGAAGAAACUAAAGCGGAUCAAGACCCUCAUUGCCAAAUCAAACUUGCAGAACAUGGUUCCUUUCCUGGACGGUCCAGUGGAGGGUGGAGCUCCAGCCAGCUCCCAGCAGCAGCUGCAGGAGCAGGAGAAGUGGAUUGAGAUCUCCUGUACUCUGGCUGCCGAGGCCUCUCGUCGUAGCCGCCUCCUCUCAGCCCAGUGUGCCUCCAGCCCCCCCGUCUCCCCGACCAGCCUGGUUCCUACCCCCUCCUCUGCUGACUUUCCCAACUCCGCCGACAUCAUGAAGGUGUGAGUCCUGCAAGUUCAAGGCCUCGCUGCUGUGAAGUUUGAUGGAGCAUCUUUCUGAGGAUUCACUGGAAAAACUGAACGAUGAAGAUGACUCAGACUUCUAGAGGCUGAACUGAUGCAACAAAAACAUUCAAAGCUGUCAAAGGAUGUUUCGAGGAGGCAAGAGCACGUUCAAAACCCAAGUGAUGCUAUUAAGACCUGUGACUUAAUCCCCCAAACAUUUCUAUGUCAUUUAGCUCAGGACAUACUUAGAGAUUACUGAUGAACUAUGCUGAUGGUGAGACGUUUUGCACUCAUAAUGUCAAAAUGUCAGCGAACUGAGGUUUUAUGUUAAUCAGCUCACAAGGGAACACUGCAUACGAGAGGUCCACACUGAAGAGGAACAAGGGAAGGCACAACCAAGAAGAAAUGUUUGAGAGAGCAAAACUCAGUGAGGCUGAAGAUUCUCUGGGCUGCUGAAGGCUUACAGAGACUGUUCAUUAUCAUCUAGUUUCCUUAGAAGCAGUAAAAGUACCAGUUAACCACCACCGAUGGCUUGUGAGGGCCAAUGAGGGUCAGGGCUUAGUGACAAGCUGUGUGUCCAGACUGACAUAUUCUGACAAGAGUUUGUUAAAUUGUACGUACGCUCCAAAUAAAGUCACUGUGAUGCCUCACUGUGAUGCCUUUUUCAGGCAGAAUGCCAGCCCCACAUAACCUCACACAUCCCACACAUCUGAUUGGGUCAAACGUAACGUCACCUGGAUCACUGCUCUGUCACAGCAAACACACUGGAGCACAGGUUUUGUUGUGAGGGAGAGCUGAGGAUGAAUAGCGUCAUGGAAAACGUUGCACAGCUUUCCACAAUCCUGCCCUGUCCAGAAUCAGAAUACAGAAAACACUGUUAAUCCUCCCCUCUCUGGUCCCUGUCUGUGAGGCUGAUUCUUGAGAUUUUAAGAGUAAUUCCUCCCUGAUUCACCCCAAAAUAACGUUUAGAGGAGUACACGGAUGUGGGCUUGUCAAUAUAUAUGUUUCCUCAUAAAGUGCAGCUGUUGAAACUGUUCUUUGUGUGUUAACAAACUGUUCUUUGUGCGUUGACAAACUGUUCUUUGUGCGUUGAUAACAGGCAUUUCUAUACCUUUGUCUGUAGUCAGUGCUGUAGGGUCUUUGGCCAGGGAGGUUAGAAAUUGUUUAACUUGCCACAGAAUCCAGUGGAAUUGGCUGUUCUUGGAAAUAAUGAACUUGCUUUGUGCUGUGUUGGCUCUUUCACUGACUGUCUACACAUACUGUAUAUAAGUAAUGUAUGAUGGGUGUGAGGGAAGUGAGACUAGAAGUGACCUUAGAAGACCAGGUAGUAAUGAUGCAGCCAUUUGUGAGGAAUUAUUUACCGGAAACAUACUGUACUGUGUAUCCCCACAACAUUUCAUUCCAUCCAGUCAUGCAGUGCCAUAAGCCUGAAAUAUGUGUUAUACACAUUAUGCUGAAUAAAAGUCCUUUGUAACAUAUGGUCCUGUGAAAAUAUACCCCAUCAUGGAAGCUGUUGUCUGUUUUGACGUAUGUGGGCGAUCCUCUACAAUGCAGUGCCUACACAGCACAAAGAAAAUGUGUUUCUCCAACUGUUAAUUCAGAUUAGCUUUUCCAGUCAUUAUUCAGCAAAGAUCUAAAGAUGUCGUGUUUUUCUGAGGAGGAAGUAAGCAGGGCCUCAGACAGGUUCCCCGUUCAGCAGAAACACUGCUGUAGGUGUGUAGUCAGUCUUAACAUGGACUCACUGAAAUGUUUGACAACUCUUGCAUGCAGAAUUCCUCCAUGUGCAAAAUGUGUGGUCAUUUUCUAGCAUGUGUUGGUUCACCCACAACAUUUCAAAGGGACUCACGUUUGGACUUUGACUGGAUCAUUCCAUUAUCCUCCAUUGUUUUCUGUUUGUUUUUAAGCCAUUCUUUGGUGGUUUUGCUUAUGUGCUUUGGAUCAUUGUUUCAUUGGAAGAUCAACGUCCAGCUGAACUUUUGGGCAUGCUUGAAUUUCCUAAUUUACAAUAUGAGGAUUUUCUUUUUUAUAAAGGAGGUGUAUGAAGAUAUGGAUAACUAUCUAUCUAUCCAGCCGUCUGUCUGUCUGUCUGUCUGUCUGUCUGUCUGUCUGUCUGUCUGUCUGUCUGUCUGUCUGUCUGUCUGUCUGUCUGUCUGUCUGUCUGUGCUUAUCCAGCUUCUUUUGCUCUUCCACUCUUCGAUGUUCCAGUGACCUGCCUUGUAAAGAGUGUUAAUACCAGAUUCUGAGACCAUAUGUGACAGAAAACGGAGUUUUAUACAGAAAGCAGUCCACAGCUCUCACAACGCAAAAACAAAACAACAAUUUAAGAUAAUACUUCUAUUUUUUCUUGAUUUAUUUUUAUUUAUUUUCAGAGAGAACAAGCGUUCAACAGAGGAGGUACUUAUUUUUUUAGAUGCAUGGAUAUACAGUGUCAAGUUGAGAGGUUCAAUUUUUACACUCAAUUUCACAAUGUUUUGCAUUUUUCACAAGCAAGACACUUUUAUUGCUGUAGAGGAUGGCUUGAAGGAGCAGAACAUAGAUAUUUUUGAAUUAAUUGGAAUCUGAUGUGUUGUGAAACGACAGCCAAAAGGCGGUGUCCAAUAUUUGAUACUAGAUGUAGCAUUUGUAAAUGAUGAAAAUAAAGAGUAUGUACAUUAUAUACAUUGCUCAAUGUAUAUAACAUUUUGGAUUUCAGAAACAGUAUAUCCUGCUAUCUCAUAACUAUUGCUACUUUGGGGAAAAGAGACAAACUGCUUGAACUAUGCAAAUGAAUAAAAUUAGACAAAUAAAUUGCUUGCUUUCAGAAAACUUUGCAAUAAAGUGAAUGUAUACACAUAGAUGCUUAUGAAUUCAUCACAGUAUUUUGUAUGAUAAAACAUGUCUCACUGUCUGGAAUGAUAAUAUAUUUACUGUUCUUAUUUGAAUCCACUUGUUGAUGAAGUUCACUGCCAAAAACACUACUGAGGUUAACUGUCUAGCGUGCUUGUUACUGAUAGGCUCCUUGAGGAUAUUCUACUGUCUUUGUUUUAUAAAACUGUAUGUCUGAAUGAAUAAAGUGUAAAAGCAAA